UUAUUGAUUGUACCGGGACAUUAGAUUUAAACCUAUUUUCAAAGUUCCUCCUUCGAAUCCUGCCCAAACACCCAUCGCGGGCACUUUUGAAACCAUUCGAGAAUUUUCUACUGCACUCCAAGAAGUUGAUUCUCUUCGGAUCGGGGGCUCUGGAGGUUGUUUCUACUUCUACGAGUCUGCUCCGUAUUCUUGAAGAUGCUUCCACUUUCGCUCCUAAAGACUGCUCAAGGGCAUCCAAUGUUGGUGGAACUAAAAAAUGGUGAGACGUACAACGGCCAUUUGGUUAAUUGUGAUACGUGGAUGAACAUUCAUCUCCGGGAAGUCAUCUGCACUUCUAAAGAUGGUGACCGGUUUUGGCGAAUGCCUGAAUGUUAUAUCCGUGGUAAUACAAUCAAGUAUUUGCGAGUUCCUGAUGAGGUUAUUGAUAAAGUACAGGAAGAAACCAAAACUCGUGCAGAUAGGAAACCUCCGGGUGUGGGACGUGGAAGAGGAAGAGGGCGUGAGGAUGGUCCUGGUGGAAGACCAGCAAAAGGAAUGGGGCGAGGCUUUGAUGAUGGUGCUAAAGCUGCUUCUGGAGGACGUGGAAAGGGUGGCCCUGGUGGAAAACCGGGUGCCAACAGAGUUGGAGGCAGAGGCCGAGGGUGAUCUGAGUGCCCAUAUGGGUAACAGAUGAGAUGGACUAACUACAUAUGCAAGCCCUGCCCCAUUUUCUGGUCAGUGGCCGUGUGUUUUUCAUUUUUUAUGCAUUUUCUCCUGGUUUGGAUUCUGAAGUGAAUAUUUAUGCGAGCUUAGUCCGCCCUCUACCAAAGUUGUACACGAGAUGACUAUGGUUUUAUUGGUGUAAUUGAAUGCAAAUUGGUUCAUGGAAUUGUUAUGUAGCAGAUGAUCUCAUGUUU